CAAAUAUAUCUUCCAACAGCAGCAACAACUAGAAUUGAGAGAAAAAAAAAAUGUUGGCAGCCUCUCCUUCCACUCAUCAACCAAUCCUGAAUCCAAAACCUGAUCAAUUUCAAUACUGCAAUUUCAAGAACUCCAGGAGUAGGCGAGGUUCAGUGUCGACGCGAUGCUGUGUGAAGAAAGAAGCAGAGAGCAGCAAGAAUCAUUACGAAUUGCUAGGAGUGUCAGUUGAUGCAAGUGGUCUACAGAUCAAGGAUGCUUACAGAAAACUUCAAAAGAAAUAUCAUCCAGAUAUUGCAGGGGAUGAGGGUCACGAGAGCACGGUCAUGUUGAAUAAAGCGUACGAGGUAUUGGUGAGAGACGACCUCAGAAAAGAGUACGAUAGGUCGAUUGGAAGAGUUCGGGUCGGGAGCACGCUAGGUAGCGUGUGGAAAGAGCCCCCGAGACCCCAGGCUCUAUUUGUCGAUGAAAAUGCUUGUGUAGGGUGCUGGAAGUGUGUGCAUUACGCGGGCAACACAUUCACCAUGGACGAGGCUUCUGGAACCGCGCGAAUCAAGGUUCAAUACGGAGAUGACGAUGCACAGAUUGAGAUGUCGGUCGAGUCGUGCCCUGUAAACUGCAUCCACUGGGUCGAUACAGAAGAGCUAGCAGUUCUUGAGCACCUGAUCCGGCCUCAGCCGAAGGAGGGGUAUGGAAUAUUCGGACAAGGAUGGGAAAGGCCUGCAAAUGUAUUCAUGGCUGCCAAAUCCUUCAACAAGGAGUUAGAGCGGCAAGAAGAAAGCAAGCAUAGACAGGGAAACUCAAGGGACAACGAAGAAACUCAAGCUCAGGCAGAAGCGCGCGAGAAUGCAUACAAGGAACUGAAGAUCGGAAGGUUUGCAAGAAUUUGGAGCUGGAUGAAGCAAAGCACUAGCAAAUGAGCAAACAAGUAGAGAUGAAUGCACGGCAUGAAGGAGAAGAAGUGUGUGUCGACUCGCUAGAUGUAAUUUCUGAAUGAAAGUGAAAAAUCUGUAUGUAUAUAUAUAUAUAUAUAUGAGAAGCCAGUAAACAUCAGUGCAACCUAGUGAAUGUUGCAAUACAUAGGAAUUUACAUGAAGAGGAUAGGCUGUUUAUAUAAUUUGCAGGAGAGCAUAACAAUGUUUUGUCAAAGAACAUAAA